AUGGGAGGGAAGGAUGUUCAAAUGAUGGGAGGAGGAAUAUCAGAAUAUUGGAAGGAUGGGAUGAUAAUGAUGGGAGAUCAAUCACCAACUUCUAGCAAUGAAACCCUGGAUCAAUCAUCAUCUUCUAACAAUGAAACCUUGGACCAAUCCCCAUCUUCUAAAAAUUACACCAUAGAUCAAUCAUCACCUUUUAGCAAUGAAACCCCGGACCAAUCACCAUAUUCUAACAAUGAAACCCUGGACAAAUCACCACCUUCUAGCAAUGAAACCCUGGACCAAUCACCAUAUUCUAACAAUGAAAUCCUGGACCUAUCACCAUCUUCUCCUAGAAAUGAAACCCUGGAUCAAUCACUAUUUUCUUCUAUCAAUGAUUCUGAAAAUGGUUCUGAUUUUGAACAAUUGAGACUAGAUUUGUCACAACCUUACAGUUCAAACAAAAAAGAAAACUUGAAUUUUUUCUCCUCAGUUUUAAAUUCAGAUGAAGAGUCACAAGAAUAUUUAGAGACCACGACUCAACAGUUUCUUUUACCAAAUUCCAAUCAUGAUAUCUCCUUAGAAGAGAAAAUAAAUGAGCAACCGAACCAGAACCCGUCCUCUGUAACCGCAAGAACAAUAUCAACAACAUCAACAACAUCAACAACAUCAACAACAUCAACAACAUCAACAUCGACAGCUGCAUCAACAACUACAGAAACUUCUCCUUCAGUUCUGUUAAAUCUUAUUACAAAUCAGGUUCCUAAGGUGCUGGGGAUGGGAGCAGCUAGUUUAGCUUACACAGCUUUAGCUGGUUUACCGUACUGGCUACCCCUCUUCGGCAGGAGAAGAAAAAAACGAAGCUUUCAAAAGUCCAACACCAAACCGAACUAUUUAUGAAGAAAGAAUUUGUAAAGUGACUAACUACAGGCUAUAACAGAGCGUUUGCUCCUUCAUUUUGUAAGUUUAACAGUUUAACAACUAUAAAUUAAUUUCAAGUGACCCCCCCCCCCCUGUAAAAAAGAGAGGUAUGUCC